AUGCUCUUUGACGGCGAAUUGACCUACGGGAAGAUUCGUGAAUGGCCGAACCUUGAGAGUGUAGAGGUUUUAGAGGUUAGAAAACUCGCCCUUGGCCUUGGUGAGGGUCUGCAGGUCUUGUUGAUACAAUGCCACGUCUACACUAUCCUGGUCAAGAUUUGCGAGGCUAUACUGAGCCCCAUUAGCUCAGCAGAGCUGACAGACGACAUUCAUCCUAUCAAACCGGAACCACUCAAUUUGGUCGGACGUGGAGAGCUUGUGAAUUCCUUUGCCGGAAUUGCAGCUAGGUUAUAUUACCAAGGGCCCACUGGCUUGGAUAUCGGCAGAGUUUGCCGACUUGUCAAAUCUGCUGCUAAAGCUAUCCAGGAUCACGCUUUUCAUCUUCGGGAAGAUCCUGGUUAUUUUGAGGACGCCUAUGAGGAUGCUGUAAACCAUGACGUAUUCAUGGUGCCAGACGAGCAUGGCAAAUCACACCCAGCACUGCGAGGACAAGACUUUGUGAGGCUCACCCUGAACGGUAUAGUUCUUCGGUCGCAUUUCCAUCUCAUGUACUGGCAGGAACUAGCGGAUCAGAUGCACGAGCUCGAAAAGCUAACUGAGACAUAUCCGAACGGGAUCGUCUACAGCGAACUUGAAGAGUCGGAAGUGAAGAUCAUCGACUACACACAUUUCCUGCUCGAAGAGAUGAAGACAUUGUACUUGGUGGAACUCAGAGGGGUUUGUACAAGCCCCGGGUUCCGCAUGCACUUUGUUAGAGACAACAGGAAUAUCAAAACUAACCCAAGCAUGCUUAAAGAGCCGUUACUGAGGGAAACUUAUAUGAUGUUGUUCAGCAUCACUGGCGCUUACGAGAGUGAAAAGAUCGCGGAUUGGCAGGAGCUCUACCAUGGCCUAGACGUUCUCGAGACCUUUCUCUCACGAAGCCCGGCGGCAAGAAAUCUCUUCAGUCACCAGAUCGAGCAGAUAUUGACGAAGCUUUCAGUCCUCGCUGAAUGCGCCUUUCGAUUGAUGAUCCAGCCCUGGUACACUGAGUCGGUAUACUACCUAGAAUCAGACUCAGCGGACUAUAAAGCCAGUCUAAUGGGGUCAUUUCAAGGCUGGGGAAAGGUCUUCCAAACUGAGGAGGGGCUCAUUACGGAUACAGACCUAGGAGAUCCCGAAGACAAGAAGUUCUUUUACCCUUCCGAAAAGAGCGCCGCUAGAAAGCCAGUGCGACAAGCACUAUGCAAAGCUGAAAGACAUCUAGACGACUUCUGGGCCAUGGUGGACGGGAAUAUAACUAAGCUUUGUCAACGGCCUCAGAGGAGAGCACUCCGUCGCAUCUUCGACGAAGGAGGUGCAAUCAGACGGACCAAGACAUGGGAUGAGAAGUUUCCAAGGCCGAACCAGUCUGAUCGACCAGAGGAUAUAUUUCAGCCCCAGCCAGCUUCAAAAAUCUUCCACGACUCAUCCAAAGACGUCACCGCCAGCUUCGACAAGCUUGCAGUGACGGAGAAGACCAAAGAGAAGACCCAUGGCGAGCCUGGCCCAGGUGCAGUGCCAGCUGCGCAAGGCCCAGAGGGAGAGUUGGAAGAGAAGGUUGUUUAUAAGGUUGACCAAAACGCCCAUCGCGUCUUCUCGGCGCUCUUCCACAUUCCAGAUGAAAACGGCAGCGUGCCCGGUAAGGUUACAUGGGGAGAAUUCUUGAGCGCACUCACUAAGCUCGGCUUUGCGGCUGAGCAGAUGCACGGCUCAGCCUGGGAGUUCACCCCAACAGGUGGCUUGGAGCACCUACAGCGAGGUAUACAUUUCCACCAACCUCAUCCGAGUAACGAGAUACCGCUUAAGCUGGCGAGGAACUUUGGGAGGAGGCUGGCUCGGGUUUAUGACUGGGAUGGUACCAUGUUCGUGCUGGAGUGA